UCAUCCAAAUUAAGAACAAAUCAUUGCAAUAUAACACGAAAUCAAGCCAAUUAACAUAGAAACUUCAUAGAUGUAGCCAAUUCCAAAUACAUAAAAUCAAUUAUCGGGGGGAAAUGUAGAAGAUAUCGAUCAAUAUUUUUGGCCCUACUCUUAACUUUGCAAUUUGGAACCAAAAUGAAUCAAAUCAACCAUUCAUUUCAUUUGGUAGUGAAAAUGGGGGAAAUAAAACUAGAGAUCCAGGAAACAAAGAAUAAAUAGUGAAAAUGAAGUUUGAUGGAACUCCACGAUCGACAUGGCUGGCACCAAUAUAUACAAACAAAACUGAUUGGUGAUGGGUGGUCCAUCGAUACGAGCCGGCCGGUCGGGCAACUUGAGGAGGGAUCGAGCUGGCGGAAGAGAAGAAUAUGUAGGAUACGAAGCAGCUGCUAUUUCUGUGUGUGGGGGGUGAUUGAUUCAAUCUGUGGAGCCCCAUCGAAGCUCCUCCAUCUCUGCUUGCAAUGGCAUACUUGGUUCGUGCUUGCUGCAUCAUACCACGUUUCGGGUUCGGUUUUUCGGGUUUACCCGAAACUGACCCGAUUAUAUACAUUUCCGGUUUUUCGGGUUUAGGUUCGUUUUUUGUUUCGGAUUCGGUGUUGCUUAUCGGUUUUUCGGGUUCCGGCUAAAAACAUUUAAUGAAUAGAACUCAGCCUAUAUUCUUAGACGUUCGGGUUUUUCGGGUUUCGAUUUUCCUUUAACCAAACCCGAACCCGAUAAGAAAUUUUCGGGUUUCGGGUAAUCGGAACCCGCAAGUCCUUAUCGGGUUCGGGUUCGGUUUCAAUAAUUUUCGAUUUCGAGUUUUUUAGGUUUCGAUUUGAGUAACCGAACCCGACCCGAACUGACACCUCUACGUACCAGACAGAGACAGAGGGAGGAGAGAGAGAGAGAGAGUGGCCACACUUGCUGCUUGGUUCAAUUCUUGUUGUGAGUGUAACAGUGUUUGAUGAGAUCCUAACAAUCAAACAAGCUAGGCAAGCCUUAUUUCUUUGGUUGUGUCCACAUCUUCUCCAUGUUAACACGUACCCACCCCAACUCAGCUGGACCCCGCCCGCCCUCGAUCAUAUCAUUUCAAAUUCUCUCAAUCAACCAUGAAAUGGCACCUCAUCUCUCAUGCUGCUAAUUAAUAUGUUUGGUAUUCGAGUGGAUAAUUAACGAGGUUUCUGAUUUCCUUAGUGCCAAUAUAACUAGUUUUAAAUCUCGAGGUUCAGGUUUAAAUCCUUUCAAUAAUACCUUAUCAUAAAAUCUAACUAGUUUUAUUAAAAAAAUGUUGUUAAACCUCAUACUAACUAUAGGAUACUGUUUAGUGUAGCAUAGUGCAAACCAUUGUUAUAAGAACCGCAUCGGAUCAACGGCUAGGCUAGUAGAAUUGCCAAACCAAUUACGAUAGCGUUCAGUUCAUUGCUUGGACGGUUAUUGAUGGACUAAACGGUUUUUCCAAGUACAUUCCGAAAUUAUGUCUAUGAUAAAAAAAAAAGAACUUGGAGAUCUUGGAGAUACCAAGUAUGUCUAGUGGUUCGGUUCUAAAAACAUAUGAGCAUCAAACAAGGGCUUGGUCUAGUGGUAAUACCACUAAUCUAGAACUUGGAGAUCCCAAGUAUGAAUCACUUAAAUAGUACCUUAAUAACAAAAAAAAAAAAAAAAGUUAAACCUAUAUCACCUUUAUAAAACAAUAAAAAAAAAAUGGCACAACUAGUGACAUGGUGGACAACUAAACCAAGAGGUAUUGAGAAUUUCACUAAUUAAUAUGUAACUUGCAUCAUAAUAAACAAACAAAAAGAGGAAACCAUAGUACUUAUGAUCCUUCUUGGAAGUAAUAACCCCCUUCCUUCCUAGCUCUUACCAAAGCCAAGUAUCUCCCUCCUCUUUUCCCCUUUCACCAAUAUGAGAGUAGGAUGACAAUUUUGACCUGAUCCAUUUUACCCGAUCUGUUUGACCUGUUUUGGGACGGGUCCUUUUCCCCCUUCACCAAUAUGAGAGUAGGAUGACAAUUUUGACCUGAUCCGUUUUACCCGAUCUGUUUGACCUGUUUUGGGACGGGUCCGACCCGUCCCGUAGGCGGGGCGGGCAUGGAUACUCUCAUCGACCCGACCUGCCUUGACCCGCCCCAUUCUCGACCCGCUCUUGCCUAAAUUACAUGUAAUCUUAGUUAAAUUGCUUAGGAUUUUUCAUUUAUUACAUGAUAAUUUAGCUAUAAUAAAGUUAUAAUUUAGUGAAAAUCCCAAUUUCUCUAAUAAUUUAACUACAUUUAUCAUAAUAUUGUUUGUUUUCUUGGUCUUAUAAUAAAAAUAACGAAUAUUUCUAAUGUUUUUCAUAUAAAUUGCAUACCCAUUGGGUCGACCUGCCUCGACCUGCGAUCCAUGAUAAAUUACCCGACCUGCCUCAUUGCCAUUCCUAGAUGGGAGUGACACUGGUUCGUAUAUGUUUAACUGCUUUAAACUAUGAUAUAAUUCAACAUGAUACACAUUUAAUGUCUGAUGUUGAAGGUAGAAAUAAAUGUAAUUUAGCAUUUGUGUAUGCAAUAUAACACGAACAAUAACAAAACUCCAGUAAUACAAAUAUGUUAACACUAACAUAAAAUAGAAAAAUAUCUCACAGAAAAAUAUCUCAUCGAUUAUUCUCAUAAAAGAAAAAAAAAAUCUUCACCAUUACUUCCCAACUAUUUCAGUACUAAUCAACUCAUAAUCAUAAGGAUAAUGACAUUACUCUCCUCUCUUUGCCUUGUAAUCAAAUCCUACCUUGAUUAAUUAAGUUCAUCUUCUAGAAACCAACAUCGUCCCCCACCCCUUCACUACCCCAUAUAGCAAUUCCCCUCACUCUCUCUCUCUCUUGUCUUGGCCCUAUCAACAAAGUGUUCUUGUUCAAUUUCGCCCUCUUCCUCUUCCUCUUCCCCCCUCCCUAAACAAAUUUCUCCAAUUCUCUCCCAUGGUGGUUCCAUCACUGUUCAUACUUCUCCCCUUCCAGUCCCCACCAUGCCCAACUUUCGUUUCCCCUUCAUCUCCGGCCACCGCCGGCCACGACUCCCAGAACCAUACACCACCACCGCUGACAUCAGCAACGGCGGCGACGACGUCGUAGAAUGCUACGCGUGCACGCAGGUCGGCGUCCCGGUCUUCCACUCCACAACCUGCGACGCCGCCCACCAGCCCCUCUGGGAAGCCUCCGCCGGCUCCUCCUUGGUCCCCAUCCACUCCAACUCAACAACUCCACUCCCGGCCCCACGCCCGCGCCCUCGCCGCCGCCCCAGCGGCGCUUUCGGGACGGUGGUGGACCCGCGGAGCAAGCGCGUGCAGCGGCUGAACCGGGCGUUCCUCCUCGCCCGGGCCAUGGCGCUGGCGGUGGACCCGCUGUUCUUCUACGCGCUGUCGAUCGGGCGAGGGGGCUCGCCGUGCCUGUACAUGGACGGCGGGCUGGCGGCGAUCGUGACGGUGCUCCGGACGUGCCUGGACGGCGUCCACGUGGUGCACGUGUGGCUGCAGCUGCGGGUGGCGUACGUGUCGCGGGAGUCGAUGGUGGUUGGGUGCGGGAAGCUGGUGUGGGACCCGCAAGCAAUCGCGGCCCACUACCUCCGGUCGCUGAAGGGGUUCUGGUUCGACGCCUUCGUCAUCCUCCCCGUUCCCCAGGCUGUGUUUUGGCUGGUGGUGCCAAGAUUGAUCAGAGACGAGCAGAUCAAGCUGAUAAUGACAAUCAUGCUCUUAAUCUUCCUGUUCCAAUUCCUGCCCAAAGUCUACCACAGCCUCACCCUAAUGAGGAGAAUGCAGAAGGUCACCGGCUACAUCUUCGGCACCAUCUGGUGGGGUUUCGGCCUCAACCUCAUCGCCUACUUCAUCGCCUCCCACGUCGCCGGCGGAUGCUGGUAUGUCCUCGCCAUCCAGCGCGCCUCUUCCUGCAUAAAGCAGCAGUGCAACUUGUCCUCCAACUGCGACCUUUCCUUGUCUUGCUCCGAAGAGCUCUGUUUCCGCCUUGUCCUGCCUGAUGCAUUGGCUGCCGGCAGCGGCUCUUGUGGUGGUUAUAGUAACUCGAGUAGUACCAGGACUCCGAUGUGCUUGGACAUGGAUGGCAGUUUCAAGUAUGGGAUCUAUAAGUGGGCUCUUCCUGUCAUUUCCAGUGAUUCCUUGGCUGUCAAGAUUCUUUACCCCAUUUUCUGGGGAUUAAUGACCCUCAGCACAUUUGGGAAUGAUCUUGAACCAACUAGUAACUGGUUGGAAGUGAUGUUCAGCAUAUGCCUAGUACUGAGUGGGUUGAUGCUCUUCACUUUGUUGAUUGGUAACAUUCAGGUGUUCUUGCACGCGGUGAUGGCGACGAAGAGAAAGAUGCAGCUGAGGUGCAGAGACAUGGAGUGGUGGAUGAGAAGAAGACAGCUGCCUUCCCGCUUGAGGCAGAGAGUUCGGCACUACGAGCGCCAGAGAUGGACGACCAUGGGAGGCGAGGAUGAGAUGGAAAUGAUCAAAGACUUGCCCGAAGGGCUACGGCGAGACAUCAAACGAUACCUCUGCCUCGACCUCAUCAAGAAGGUGCCGUUGUUUCAUAACUUGGACGAUUUGAUUCUCGACAACAUAUGUGACAGAGUCAAGCCAAUCGUGUUCUCCAAGGAUGAGAAGAUAAUCAGAGAAGGCGAUCCAGUAUCAAGAAUGGUGUUCUUAGUCCGCGGGAAGAUAAAAAGUUCACAGAGGCUAAGCAAAGGAGUUGUAGCAACAAACGUGCUUGAAGCUGGAGGCUUCCUCGGCGACGAACUUUUGUCAUGGUGUCUACGCCGGCCAUUCAACGAGCGGCUUCCAGCUUCGUCGGCGACGUUCGUGUGCAUAGAAGCCGCGGAGGCAUUUGCUCUCGACGCCAACCACUUGAAGUACAUUACGGAUCAUUUCCGGUACAAGUUUGCGAACGAGAGGCUAAAGAGGACGGCGAGGUAUUACUCUUCGAACUGGCGGACGUGGGCGGCCGUGAACAUUCAGUUUGCGUGGCGGCGGUACAGGCGGAGGACCAGAGGUGGCGGUGGUGCUGGUCCGAUGAACCCUGUCGUGGAGAGUGGUGGGGAUGUGGAAAAUAAGUUAUUGAGGUAUGCUGCCAUGUUCAUGUCGAUUCGACCACAUGACCACCUUGAAUGAAUGAAGUCGGAUAGAAGGGUGAAUUAGAGUGCAAUGUUUUUGGGAGAAUCUUGCUUUUUUUUUUUUCUUGUGUUUGUUCAUUUGUUGUCAGAUGAUGAACAAAGCAUAUCCUCCAGUAUGUUCAUGUUAUAUGAUCAUGUUGGAGGGUAUUCUCAUUGAUACCUCCAUGAAUAAAGAAAAUAAAUUAGUUGGUUCUUUUUGGAGUAGGGUUCUUGAUACCAUGACAGGCAAACACUAAAUGUAAUGUAAUGGUAGGCAAACUUCUAUAAGAGGCCUCAAUAAACUAAACAGGGGAUA